AUAUUGACGGUGACUUGGGCAGAGGGGCCGCCUUCCUUCCCCCCCGGUGCAGACAGACACACGCACCGCCGGUGACUCGUCAGUCGGCGCUGGAAGAUGGCUGCGGUGGAGCCGGUCCCGGUGAGGGAAGGGAUCCGGAUAGCGUCGCUGUGCGUGUGCUGGUACACCGUCAGCUCGGGGGGCAACAUCGUCAACAAAAUCAUCCUGAACGGAUUCCCGUACCCGGUCACCGUGUCUCUGUUCCACAUCAUCUCCAUCGUCGUGUUCCUGCCGCCGCUCUUGCGGGCGUGGGGAGUCCCCAAAACAGAACUGCCGAGCAGGUACUACCGCUGGUACAUCUUGCCUCUGGCGUUCGGCAAAUACUUCGCGUCCGUGUCGGCUCACUUCAGCAUAUGGAAAGUACCGGUUUCCUACGCGCACACGGUCAAAGCCACGAUGCCAAUAUGGGUCGUGCUGUUAUCAAGAAUCAUCAUGAGAGAGAAACAAACCACAAGGGUUUAUGUAUCGCUCAUCCCCAUCAUCGGUGGAGUGCUGCUGGCCACAGCGACUGAGCUGUCCUUUGAUGUUUCAGGAUUAAUCAGCGCUCUGGCUGCCACGCUCUGCUUCUCUUUGCAGAACAUCUUCUCCAAAAAGGUGUUGCGUGACACACGGAUCCACCACCUGAGGCUCCUCAACAUCCUGGGCUUUAAUGCUGUGUUCUUCAUGCUGCCCACCUGGGUCCUGGUGGAUCUCUCCGUGUUUCUUGUAAACGGAGACCUGUCGGAAGUCUCUGAGUGGUCCGGCACCUUUGUCUUGCUGCUCAUCAGCGGCUUCUGCAACUUCGCGCAGAACGUAAUCGCCUUCAGCGUGCUCAACCUCGUCAGCCCGCUCAGCUACGCCGUUGCCAACGCCACCAAGAGGAUCAUGGUCAUCAGCAUCUCACUGCUGAUGCUGCGCAACCCAGUCUCCCUCACCAACGUCAUGGGCAUGAUGACGGCAAUAGUCGGGGUCUUCCUCUACAACAAGGCCAAGUACGACGCGAACAAGCAGAAGAAGCUGCUGCCGAGCUCCAAGCAGGACCUGAUGUCCUUCGACAACCCGGCGCUGGAGAAGAUCCAGGCCAACGGGUCAGUGCCUUUCUCCCACGGCUCCGAGCAGCAGCACAGCCGGAACAACGUGCUCACCGACCACUUUCAGUACAGCCGGCAGGCCUACACGGCAAACCACAGCAGCAACCACCAGUACGUGGUCUGACAGAGGAUACCGCCCUCGCUCCGGGUCGCUGUCAUCGACAUUACUGUGUAUAGCCACCCCCUCCCCCCCUUCUUCCCCCGCAGCAGCGGGUCUUCUCCGCCCCGCUUCACACUCGAAUCUGAAGGCACGUGCUGUUUGUCCUGAUAGGCAGAUGAUGAGUCCGUUCUGACGGCCAGGUUACCUGACGUCUCCAAUGCUCCUCCCGCUCGAAACUUCACUGUCUGACAGCUGUUGCUUUACGGCAUUGCCUACUCAUUAGCACUGGCUGUAUGGGAUCGUCUGAGAGAAAACUCAUGUCAGACAUUCUGAUGAGGGAUCAAGCCACGUUAUCCAGUCCGUAAAAUAUGAGCGCAAGUUUAUCAAUGAUUUUAACACCUCACUGCUUGGAAAAAUGUUUGAGUUUUGUUUUCACAACCAGCCGUACAGAUUUAUUUUUGGUCCAUACUUUUGAUUUUUGGGCAUUUUAUGUUCAGGAUUGUCCUUUUUCCUCAUGAGGCAUUUGUCACGAUGUGAGGAGAAACUGAUUGUCCUAAAUCUUCAGAGGCAGAUGGGAUUUGUUAGUAGACUUUGUAGGCAACGGUCGCCUAUACAAAAUGAAUUUGAAAACCGAGACAAGAUGGUUUCUGUCAGAACAGUCGGCGACCACCCGCAGAUUUGUCCCUGAUGUUGACGAAGAAGUUGACAUUUGAAGUCGAGGAGUAUCAAUGUAAAAAGUUAGUUUUAAAAUUUGAUUUAUCAAAAAAAAUCGUCCUUGCUAACACAGCUGCAAACUGUAGGAUUCUCGUGUUUCAUCUUCCUUAGGGAGACUGGCCAUGUAAAAUGCAAUAGAAAUAACAAUUUCACUGUCAAACAUUGAUUUAAAUUUUUUAGUAUUUAUAGAUCUGCAGAGCUUUUCAGGCAGUGAGAUUUUUUUUCUUUCUCCUGUCAGGUGAUUGUUUUCAGCCUGAACCAAAGCUGCUCCAUCAUGUUAAUGUUUUUCAAACCGAAAUAAGUAAACAUCAUGAAACAACUAAAUGUUUUUCUGCAGCUUGUGACUCAAGUGACUCACAGUCUCACUGUCUCAAGCAUUUACGUGUCGGACGGUCACUGGGCUGACUUUGGUUUGAAAUGAGACAUGCAUGAAAUCAGAGUUUUGGUUUGUGCAAUUAAAGAUUCAGCUAUAAUUUCAGGUGGACCUGAGGCUUGAUCAUCAUUAUAGAUUACAGUGUUGAUAUUGAUAAGGAGAAUCAAUUGUUUUUCCUCUCAGCAUGAUGUUAUUUCUGAUGCACAUUGAGCAUCGUGCUGCAGCAAUAGAACGUUUUUUUUAAAUAUUUUUUUGUUAUUUGACUUUCUCUGCAUUUGAAAUCAAUGUUAUAUAUUUUUGGGGGAUAUUUUUAAGUGCCAUUUGUAGCCUGUGAGCUUUAUUUUUUGGUUUUUUGUUUCAGCUUUAGCUCAUAAUGCAGUUAUAGUCUUGUAGUGAUAUGAUUUGUGUUUGCCUUUCUCCACUCAUUUUAAAACACUGUCACAGUAUUUAGGCCCAAAACGAUCCUGGACAUUUUCCUAAACUUUUCCAGAGGGGCUGUUUGUGAGAACACAAAUGCCCGAAAAAAUCUUGCUCUGGACAUUUUCUGGAACUUUUCCUGUCCCGACUGAGCCCAUGUGAUAAUACAACAGGAAAGUCUCUGAACAAGUGGAGCGUGUUGAUGACUGGAAAAAAAACAAAAAACACUGCUUUCCGCAGGGAUUUACUAUCAUGUCCUGCCUCUCCUGCACGCUCUACCCAGACUCAACAGAAUGUUCGGGAAAUGUUGGCGUGAACGUGUCCGACUCGGACAAUCGCCUGCUGCGAUCAUCACAUGUAAAAGGACAUUUCCCGGGCAUUUUCUUGAGUUGAUGUCUAAUAACAGCCUGGGAUUUGUUGCACUCUGGGCUUCCCAGAGACGAAACACAAUUUGUCUCUAGGAAAGUUGUUUGUUUCUUGUACAAGUUAAACUGUAACUGCAGACAUAGUUUAUUAGGCUCUUUGGAAAUCAAAGCUGGUUUGUUGGUUGUUGUUUUUUAGCAAGAAAGGAAAAUCGCCAGGUCCUGUUUUUAAAAAUGUGUCAAGUUGGCUGUUUGACACUGGCCAACCAGACAAGUGCAAACACCUGAAUGGUUUAAUGCAGUGAGUUUUCACGGCCCUGACAUAAUGAAAGAACUACUGCUUCACUCAAAUAUCCAUUCUGUGUUCAGACUGUGGCUGUUUUCGUCAACAGUUGUGCUCUAUGAGGCAUUUGCACUGCGUUAAAUAGCAACGUAUGGGCAAAAAUAUUCUUUUAUAAUAUAUAACACAACAAAAAACAGCUGACAGAUUUACAGAGUGAAGCGUUUAGUAGCUAAACAGUUGGCGAGGACAGAAGCAGUUAAGAGAGGAACAGAUUGUCUCUAUUCAUUAUUUAACUUCCUCGUCUCUAAAACUGUCAUGACAGUAAAGAAAAAAUCACUGCUCUAUGAGUUGCUGCCCUGAUAUAUAUUACAAAAUUCUUAGCACCAGUCGUCAGUCAUGCAGAUGCACACGUGACUUGAAAGUUGGACGAUAUGUAAAACUGCUCUGUUCUUUUUAUUUUUCACAGCUGGUUCCUUGGAGACUUUAAAAAAAACGAUGUCACAUGUGAGAAACCAGUUUUGAAGAUUUUGUCCCUUCAAAUGAUUUGUAAUACUUUUAGAAAUAAACUGAAGUUAAAUUCAAAUUCAAAUUGUGACUAGCAUAGUACUUAAUCUGCAUAUCAGACCAGGUGAAAUGUGACACAUUGUCCACAACACAUGCUCUGAAACUCUGAACGUGUACGGGAAAUGUGAGGUAGCUAUGGGGUCAUUCAGCAAAACCGUACAGACGUGCAUCACUGAAGCGUGUGACGAGACGUCCAAUUUGCAGUCGUACGUUGACUGAAUAACAUCCAGUCAAACUCAAACCAUCGUUUCAUGUUGUAGGAAUGUAAUGUUCAAGUGUAAUCUGCGUCUCACGAGUUUGCACUCAUUUCCCGAAAUGUUGCAAUGGAGUCCGGGGGCUUGAACGAGGCACUAGAGCCGAGUGGCGAGUGGAACUUAAGUCCUAAUCAGCGUUUGGAUGCAGCGGGAGAGAGGAACAAAUAGUUGAAGCUUUUGUGGUUAAUCAACUGCUGCAGCUCACGUUCUAGACUCUUUAAGAGUUUCUUCAUUUGUUUUUCUUCAUUUGUUCAAAAGAGAGGAGUGUGAACUGUCAGAUGCCGAUGCACCACACAGCAUGACGGCCUUGUGUACAGGUCGACCAGAUGUCAUUUAUUUUCAUAAUUUAUGAAUUUCAAUGUGUGAGACGUGUUCUGGUUUAUAAAUUUCCCUUCCGAUUGUGUUCUUCACGGUCACGCUGUCCGUUUCUGUACAGUGAGCCGACUCCGCGGCUCUUCGCUGUAAAGCUUUUCACUGGGGUGUAAAUGUUGACGAGCGGAGACGGAGGAAGAGGCUUUGUAAAAAAAAAAAAACCAACUUGUAUAAUUAUUGUUUCUGUGUUUCUUCAAUGGGGCUCGAAACAAACAUUUUUACUUAACCAAUGUUUAUAGAUUUUUAUUUAUGGUGUCCAGGUAUGAACAUGUUGUACAGAAAGUGCAACUCAGCACAGUCUCGUCUGCUUAUGUUUAGUAAAUGCUAUUUUUAAAUGUUGGGGGUGGGGGGAAUAAAUGCAUCAUGGAAUACUAAA